AUCGUGUUACUGCAUUAUCUACUUUAUUGUAUUCAGUUCUAACGUAUUAAGAUGUCGUUGCUCGUAGUUUUGUCCAUUGUACUUGGCCUUUGUCAUCAAGUCUUCUGCCAAUCAGAUUUAUCAACAUGUCCAACCCGAAUUCGGACUUUGAAACACGUACGGGUCUAUACAGAUGCAUGUUUACUGUUUGUCGAACAUGAAUUGUCAUGGGACGAUGCUCGUAAAAGCUGCAAGAGCCUUGGAGGAGACUUAGUAACGGUAAAAGAUACUGCAAAAGAAAAAUUCAUUUUGGAUUCCUUAAGAUUGGAGCAUUGGAAUGCAGCUAAUGUGUGGAUUGGUGCUACAGACAGGGCAAAAGAAGGCGACUGGCGCUGGAUAGACGGAAGUCAUGUGACAUACGGGCAUUUUGCAAAAGGACAGGGUAACAAUCACAACACAGGAUUUUUAUUUGCUGGUGGUUCAAACGAAGACUGUGCACUGAUUAGACGAAGUGAUGGUGGCCUCUGGCAUGAUUAUCCGUGUCAUCCAAUCGUAGGGAACUUAGGAUAUCAUUACACUUAUGCCUGUGAAUUCCACAGGACUACUAUGGCGCCGACUACGAUAACUAUGGCGCCGACAACAACUACUAUGGUGCCGACAACGACUACCAUGGCGACGACAUCGACUACUAUUGAAACGAUGGCACCAUCAACAGCUAAUCCCAACAUAGAGACGCCAUCGCCAACAACAUAUAACCCUAACGUAGAGACGCCAGCGCCAACAACAGCAAAUCCUAACAUAGAGACGCCAGCGCCAACAACAUAUAACCCUAACAUAGAGACGCCAGCACCAACAACAUCAAUGCCUAACGUAGAGACUCCAGCGCCAACAACGAUGGCGAAUAUAGAAACACCAGCACCAACUACUCUGCCCAAUGUAGAAACUCCCGCCCCAACAAUGCCAAACAUUGAGACUCCGUUACCAACAACAGCCAAUAAUAUUAUCGUUGGCAACAAUACUGUAAUCAUUGGUAAAAAAAGAAGUCCAUAUUAGUUUACUGAAACCUAAACAAAAUGGUGUUCAAUUGGAUCUUUACUACGAUAUUAAAAUAAUGAAACUUU